GUAUAAAAAGAGAUUCAACCACAAUUUUAUUCAUUCAAUCCAUUUGAUUUCCACAACUUCUAGCAAUAGAAAAACAAAAAUCUCAAAUAAAGGGAGAUAGAAGAGAAGCCACUAUUCACUUGCAAUGGAGACCAAUGCUGCUAAACCUACCAGCAAUCGCUUGUAUGAGGAUUUUGAGCCUUAUUGCAAAUGGCUUACAAAGGAAGGACAAGCCACUCUUGAAAUUAGUUUGAAGGGUUUCAAGAAGGAGCAACUUAAGGUUCAAGCAGAGGACUGGGGGGUCCUAAGAAUUUACGGAGAAAGGCCUAUAGAUGCAUCCAAUAACAAAUGGAGCCGUUUCCACAAAGAGAUUAGGAUCUCAAAAGGGUGUGCUAUGAACUCAAUCCGUGCAAAGUUUGCUCAUGGGGUUCUUUUCAUUGCAAUGCCUAAAGAAAUAGUCAUGGAGAAGCAUUUCAUUUGCGGGGUAGAAACAAGAAAAAGGAGAAUAGCAGCCAUUAAACUUGCAAUUGGAAUGGUGGUCCUUGUGGCUCUUGGGAGUUACAUAGUUCGACUAGUAAGUGGUAAAGAAACACAAGGUUGAUGUUGUGAAUGUGAUGCAUUAUUAAGUUAAGUAGGACCCCCAAAAAUGAAAAUCAAAGGGGCCAAAAUCAGGAUCUAUGUGCUAUAAUGCAUAGGAUUGCUUGCUGAAUGGUUUGUGUGGCAAUGAGAAAGUGAGUAAGGUGUUGUUCAUAUUUUAUGUUUUCUUGUAACAUGCCUUUGAAGAAUAAUAAAGAGUGGGUCGUAAUUUUCACAUAUAAA